AUGACGGCCAAGAGUCAGGAAGAGAAGAAGAAAGACAAUGACCUCCAUGACUUUGCAGCAGCUCAAGAACUGGAACAGCAACAACACUACCAAGAGCAUGAUCCAGCUUCUGCUGAUGCACAUGUGGUCUAUCCAGACUCACUGCAGUUUGGGCAAGACGACCAAACACUCGUUUCCAAUGUUACUGAUUUGCAUACUGUAGAGUAUCAAAACGUGGUUUAUCCUUCCUUGUACAAUGUCCCAGAUGACGAGACUGUUGAGGACCCCUUCCAUCAAAAUGAGUUGACAUCAACAGCACCAGCACCUAGUGACGGGAUCGCUGCUCCUGGAAAUAUUAUUCAUCCUCGCCAACAGCAGUUGCACACUAGAAAGCCACACUCUCAAAUGGAGGUUCUGACAGAAGAAAUGGAAGACGAUGGCACCUCCAAAUUUUCGUCAGUUUCUGCUGGAGAAAAGGCAAUUCAUGUUUCUACUGACGGUGGGAAAUCGGAAGCCAACAUGUGUUUGACCAACAAUAGCUCAAUCACAAAGGAGGCCAAAAAGAUGCAUGCAGAGUCUGACAGCCAGCAGCACCAAAUCGCCAAUUCAAACACAGCAGAAAAGCGAGACAUUGAUAGUAUCAACAAGCCCCAGGAGGUUCCAGAAAAUAUGCUUCUGUCAGAGGACGCAACAAAUGAAGACAAGCUGGCCUCUAAGACAAGUAGGGCAAUUGGCGCAUCAAUCAGCUCCUGGUCGGCACUUCCCGGAGCUUUUGCGGAACCCGGCCGACCCAGACUUGCUGGCCAUGAUUCCACUAAUAUUCAUCUCAUGGCAACUGACGAAUCAAUAAAUUCAGGACUUCCCGGAGCUUUUCUGGAACCCGGCCGACCCGGACUUGCCAGCCCUGUUUCCACUAACAAUGAUCCCAUGGAAGAAAACCAUCGAAGAGAAACGCCAUUGAGUGCUGAAAAUACAGUUACUGAUGAUCCAGCUUCCAGAGAAGUCCUAUUGACUGCUACGGUUCAAGUUGCAGCUCCAAACCACAAUGACAAUCAAGAAGCUUCUCACACAAAUCCAGAAACAAACCUAUUUGAUAGUAGGAAGAAGCUGUUCCUUCUCCUUCUUUGUCUGGUUGCUGUGGUAGCCACAGUUAGUGGUGUUUGUGGAAGUGGUUUGUGCGGUGCCCAAGGAACAGAUACACCUACAAUGGCUCCUACCUCUUUCCACUAUUUUGAGUUGCAAAUGACAAUCUCCAAUGUGUUUGGAGAGGAUUAUUUUAAUCCCAAGGACGAUGACAAAGCAGCAGUGCGCUAUCAGGCAUUGGAUUGGAGUGUGAGAGACUCCGCACUGCUGCCCCUGUAUGACAACUUCGUGCAAAGGUACAUUUUGGCUGUCUUCUUGUACCAAACUUCUCAGGAACAGCUUUGGCGACGAUGCUAUGGCGAUAAUGGUGAUCUGUGCUAUGACAACGAUAGUGCCUUUCUUGGCAGAAGUUGGCUCGAUCCAGCAAGCCAUGAAUGCCAGUGGGGUGGAAUAGUCUGCGGUGAAACUAGCAGUCAAGUGAUUGGCUUGACAAUGACCACCAACAGCUUGAAUGGGCCACUGCCAACAGAGUUGGCUCUUCUCCCCAAGUUGAGGGUCCUCAAUUUGGCCGGCAACCAACUCACAGGGCCAAUACCAUCUGAGCUCUACAGAUUGACAGCCUUGCAGGAACUCAAUCUGAGUGGCAAUGCUCUUGGUAGCACCAUCAGUACAGAAAUUGGACUGCUGACUAGUCUUUCCAAGCUUAAUGUGUCAAGCAAUGAUUUCUUGGGGCUUUUGCCAGAGGAGGUAUCAGCAUUGACAGGUCUGUACCAGUUUGACAUCAGUACAAACCCGGGAGUUUCUGGAAAAAUCCCCCAGGCCAUGUGUGACACUGCUCACUCUCACAACAACAGCAAAGAUGGCAUAGAGAUCAGGGCGGACUGUGAUGGGAUGGGUGCUGGGCCUUUGGCUAUAAAACUAUCUUGCCCAGAGGGAUGCUGCACUGAAUGUUGCUACGAAAAAAUCUGUCAUCCAGCUUGA